AUGCAUUCCGAAGACAUGUCCAGCACCGUCUACACGCCGCUCGACCACUCCCUCGCCCCGCCACUACUUCCAUUCCACGACGUCGUGAAUGUCACGUCCGCCGACGACAGCGCGCCCACGCAGGACGCCCUCGCGCGCGGCUUGGGGAACCGUACCUCUCCGUCCAAUGAUAAUCAAUGGAACGAGAAUACGAGAGAAGGAGGGAUCCUCGCGAACCUCUUAGACUUCAAGAGCCCGCGCGAGGAGGAGGAGAGGGCGCUGUUUAACAGCAUCGAAGGAGCCGAUGACGAGUCGGACGAAGAGGCCGGAUCGGACGAGGCUGAGUCUGACUCGUCGACUGCGAUGGAUCACGGGUACCAGGCACUUGGGGUUCAUAUUGAGCUGGACGACACAGCUUCAGGAACGGAGGAUUUCGCUUCGGUCGACGCGGACAGUUCGGCAGACUCUGACUCGGACGUUGAUAUGUCGGAGGACCAGGAACGUGUCAACGACGACGACGACGAGUUCUACGUCGCAGGGAAGCCCACGCUGGAUGAUGCCUCGUCCGUCUCCUCGGACUCUGACGACGAUAGCUCAUCCGACAGCCACAUCGGUGUCGUCUCCAUGGACCAUGGUAUAGCGUAUACACCCUCGACUGCGGGACCUUCCACCUUCCCUCCCCUGCGACGCUCGAAGCGCAUCGCUGCGGCCGCGCCCAAACGCGCGCGCGAUGAAGACUCCGAGGAUGCCUUCAGCGGAACCCCACAAGCCAAACGCGUGAAGCUCACCGCUCCGCCCGCGCCGCGCCGCCGUACGACGCGCGCUCGUUCUACACCCGAGCCAGCGUCGCGCGCCACGCGCAUACCCUCGAAAGGCAAGGAACGGCGGGCACCCUCGAGACCUCUGAAGAUGGCAGCCUCGCGCGCGACGCGCAUCCCGAGAUGGUUCCUGGAGAAAUACUGCAUCGUGAACGGGGAGGCGACGUGCGGGGCCGCAGACUGCGAAGUGGUGCUACGCGCUAAUAAGCCUGCGGUUGCGCGCAAGCACGUCCGCACGCACCACCACGCCAAGGGCGAGCUGGGCGCGGCGGGCGCGGCGGAGGUGAUGUGUCUGUGGGGGGACUGCGAGAACAUGAUCAGGCGCGGAAAGAACGGCGGGGAGCUGAUGCGACACUACGAUGAAGUGCAUCUGGGGGUGCGGUAUGUGUGUCCGGGCAAGUGUCUGGACCGCCAGAAGAAGCGGCGGAGCUUUCGGCGGACGGACCAGAUCACGCGGCAUGAGAAGGAUAACCCGUGCGAGUACUUGCGAGAGAACCCUAUCCCGCGGGGUGAAAAGGACCCAAAUGCGAAACCGAGGACACGCACGAAGUCACUGAAGCAGUGA